AUGAAAGUGAAACACAUCAUCCAAGCCAUCGGAUCCUCCAGUCUCCAAAAAGGCCAAGAUUUCUCCGCAAAGUACUGUCCCAAACAGAAUUCCCGGAUAUACGAUAGCUACGGUAAGGUUUACCUCGACGACGACGUGGAUAUCGUCUACAUUGGUACGCCGCACGGAUAUCACUAUCGCGACUGCAUGGAAGCUAUUGCCGCAGGCAAGAACGUCGACGUAGCUGAAGCGAUGUGGCUGCGUCAUCGACCGCUAUACAUUGAGUUGAAGCGACUAUUGCACGAGGAGAAGGUGAUCGGCGAUGUAUUCCGGGCAAAAUGUGAUUUCGCAUCAGACAUUGGUCUUGCGGAUUUACCUGCUACAUCUCGCUAUCGUGAUCUCAGCCUGGGUGCAGGAUCGCUACUUGACAUUGGUGUUUAUUCUCUGACAUGGAUCAUGGCUGCAUUGAACGAUCACCCAGCUGGUCAGGGAGAGAAACCGCUGAUUCUGGCUACGCAAACCCACGAGGAGGGUAUUGAAGUGACCACCAGUGCUAUUCUACAAUAUCCUUCGACAAGUCGACAAGGUAUCGUGACUACUACCAAUAAAGAUUCUGCCCCCCCUUGGGGACGGUUUUGCCGUGAUACACGGUACCGAGGGGUUUAUUGA